UCAAGAAGAAGAGAAGCUCAGCUGUGUGUGCUUUCUUUACUUGUGUAACAUAAACAUAUCUCUUUGUUCCGUUCGCAGACGGUUAUUUCUCCAACUUUAAGCGUCUUUUUAAAAGCUCAAUCGGCUGCGUUAAUAAAUUGACAGUUUAAACAGACGCUUUCCGGAAGGAGGUGUUAGUUAUGUUUUGUAAAGUUAGAGUGGGUUUGGCCACGGUGGGUUCAGUCAGGUUCCUCAGUUGUGUAAAUCCAAGGGCAGUGAGACUGGUGACGCCUGGGUUCUGCAGACACCAGCGGAGGACCCUUCAGUCCGAAUCUGCAGGGAUCAGGGUGCUGUAUGAUGGGCUUUGUCCCAUCUGCCAGACGGAGAUCUCGUUCCUCCAAUUCCUGCAGAGAAACCAACUGGACAAAGUCAAUUUUAUUGACAUCUCUAAGCCAGGCUACGAUAGAAGAAACUACAAGGAUGUCACCUAUGAGAUGGCCAUGGAGGAGAUGACUGUAAUCGAUGAGAAAGACGAGGUACAUCGUGGCGUUGCAGCAUUUGCAGUCAUGUACAGCGCCGUUGGCCUUGGCUGGUUGGGUCGCCUCAUGAUGUGGACACCAUUGAGGCCGUUUAUGGAUCGGUCAUACGCCAUCUUUGCCAGGAAUAGACUUAAGUGGACUGGACGUGCACCGGAAUGCACCACAGGACGCUGUGAAAAGAGAAAAGUUGACUCCUGAACUCAUUAAACAAUGAACUGUGUUUAUUGAGCCAUUAGAUAAGGAAGAAAGGUUUUCAUGUUGUGAUUAACCACUAACGUGUCAUAUAUUAUGGUACAGGGAAAUAUUAAAUUGCUGUAAUGUAAGUGUCAUAAAGACAUUA